UUCAGUGCUGAAUUAUUCUUUUCAAGAAAUUAGAGAAGCAAUGUGCAUCCUGAAACUGUCGGUCAUUCUCAUUGUACUUUACAUUGCAUUAAAUCAUCUGAAAGCUAUGCCCAUGGAAAGUCACCAGAUGGAAAAACAGAAGUGCAACACGGCCACAUGUGCCACUCAACGCUUGGCAAACUUUUUAAUUCAUUUCAGCAACAGUUUUGGUACCAUUCACUCACCUACCAACGUGGGACCCAACAUGUAUGGCAAGCACAACACAGCGGAGGUUUUAAACAGAGUAUCCCUGACCGACUUUCCCUUCUAGAGCAGAUCCCACUGAGGAGCUCCCCAUCAUGCUGGGUCCCUGAGUGACUUCGUGGAGAAGAAUGAUCCCACCAGUCUGUUUUGGAUGUUGAGUGUAACCAAGAAAUAAA